AUGCCAGGAAGACUACUGAGCUGGCCAGACUGGCCCGAGUUCACAGCUGCCAAGGCAGAGCCAGGCGACGACCUGGUCGGAUACAAGAAAGCCAUCGUGGACAAGUACGGCAAGGACAACAUUGUUCAGAGCUGGCUCAAGGUCUGCAAGGAGCUGAAAUCAGUGACUGACCGCAUCGCCGAGCACGGCACCGCCGUCAUCCCUGAGAUCCAAUUCGACGAGGUGUUCAGCCUGACGCCCGAGAAGAAGCAGGGCCUGAAAGACGUCGGGUGCUUUGUCGUCCGCAAUGUCUUUAGCCGGGAGGAAGCAGACAAAUGGUUCACGGAUCUGAAGGAGUAUGUUGCUGCUAAUCGGUCGCAGAUUAAGGGCUGGCCCGUGGAGACGCCAUUCAUCCUCAACUUGUACUAUUCGCCCACGCAAAUAGCCGCACGAUCACACCCCAACCAGCUGAGACUCAGCGAGGAGCUCAACUCCUGGUGGCAUGACAAGGAUGGAACUUAUUCUCCAGCGCCGUUGUCGUACGCAGACGCGGUGCGCAUCCGACCUCCGGGGAUCCCGUUUCGCGGUCUCGGGCCCCAUAUCGACGCAGGCAGUCUGUGUCGCUGGGCCGACCCCACGUACCAGUCCGUCUAUGCGGCCGUGUUCUCAGGCAACCCCGAGUCCAUGGACAACUACGACUUGACCGCCCGCAAGACGGCCAACCAGGCCAUCUUCCCCGGCAGCGCGCAUUCGCGGGUCUUUCGGAGCUUCCAGGGCUGGACGGCGCUGACCUCGGCUGGGCUCGGGGAGGGCAGCCUGAUGCUGUACCCAAAUGUCAAAUGGACGAUCGCGUACCUGCUGCUGCGGCCGUUCUUCCAACCACCAACGUCCGAGAAAGAGGAGGACAUCAUGGACGCCACCAAGUGGACCUUCGACGCCGAGAGUCCCUGGUUCCCGGGCACCUUCAGGGACGACAGCCAACUGCUGAGUCCGUCGUCGCACCCGCACCUGCGCCUGCGCGAAUGCAUGGUGGGCAUCCCUCGCAUGGAACCGGGCGACACGGUGUGGUGGCACGCCGACAUGUGCCACGCGGUCGAGGUGGAGCACAACGGCGACCACGAGGCCAGCGUGGCCUACAUCGCCGCCACGCCCAGCACCAACGAGAACAAGCGGUACAUCAAGCGCCAGCUGCAGGACAUGCUCAACGGUAUCCCGCCCGAGGAUUUCCGCCGCGGUCCCGCCGAGAAGAACUUCCACCUGUACACGGGCGAGAAGGGCCUUUUGGGCGGCGACGCAGGCAGGAGGGCCAUGGGGUUUGAUCUGCUCGACUGA